AUGCUAAUUAAUAAUAAUAAUACAAAAAAACAUCACAAAAAGAAUAAUUAUAAUGAAAUUGCUGAUGUAUCCAAUCCUUUUUACAAUAAUCCUGGCUUUAAUAAUAUUUCAGGUUUAGGUGAUGAUGGUGAUGAUGCAUUAGUUAGUGAUUCCUUUAAUGAAACUAAGGAUUGGGGCAAUGAUGAUGAUAGUGCAUGGAAAUCAUGGAAUGAUUCAGAAAAUGUAGAAGAUGAAAUAAAAGAAUUUGAUUUAGAUACUGAUCAAUCAUCUAAUCUAAACAUAUUAGAAGAUGCUUCAAAUGGUUUGGAAAGUGAUAUCAUUAAUCCAUAUACUUAUCAGAUGACUGAAAAAAUAAAAGAAUUAAAAAAACAAUUAUUAGAAAAACAACACAGUCAGUUAACAGUUACAGAAUACAAUUAUAAAAGAAUAAUAUUUGAAUAUUUUAUCCUAUUAAACAGUAAUAAUAAUGGGUAUGGACAAAUGGAUAUUAGUUUAGAGAUUGCUCAAAAAAUCUUUAUUAAUGCAUCUAAACAUAAAAAAUAUCAAAAACCAGUUAGAGUGAUUGAUGAUGAAGAUGCUGCAGAAAAAUGUUAUGUUUGGAUCUGA